AUGCAUCUUUUGUGGUGGGAGGAGGGUACAAGAUACUCUUUUGAAAUAUCAUGCGGGGUGCGACAUAGGCUCCAGCUGUACAAACCAUCGAAGUUUAAACGCAUAACGAGAAACCUCUAUUUUAGGAAAAAAUUAUUCAAACUACUUACGACCAAGCCAUGCUCUGAAGAAGUAGCCAAGGGGAGCAACGAAGUUAAGCGGAAGGCAAAUGAGGAGGCAGUUUUCUAUAACGACAUAGUUGAUUACCCCACAAGAAAAAGACGCAUUUACAAGAACAAUAAAUUUGGAGUAGACGAUAAGGUUAAAAUAAAAAAUGGAGAAAAACCAAGCUUUGAAAAAGUCCUAUUUAAAUGUACUACCUUGGGGUACAUAGAGCUACAGCACAUCAUAUCGACUUUUGUGAGCCACGAAAAGGAUAAUUUCACAGGUGAAGAUAUAUGCGCUUUAGAUAAUUUUCUGAGUCUACCGGAAAAAGAAAUUUUUGAUUACUUGAAUGGGGAUGAACUGAUUCCACAACAUCACUUGGACGCAUCAGUAAUAAAGCGCUUACUACGAUUUGUCCAUGUGAACCACCCCCAUCUCUGA